GCAAGAACUUCGUUUCCGAAGGCCCUGCACUUUCCAGGAGGAGGAUCAGGGUAGGGCCACUGGAGAAUCAGACUGGUGGACUUCUGGUGUAUCUAACCAGUGCGACAUGGCGAUUACUAAUGGCAAUACUUGGCUGGCCGACAUGGUUGAGGAUGUAAGCGGGAAGAUUGAAGAAUUCUGUUUGGAUGUAGAAGAUUGCAUCUGCACGGACACGGUUAAUUAUGUUGAGAGCAAGCUAAAGAAGGUGCGUGCUGACGUGACAAGCUUUUGCUUGAAGUUCGUGCAAGAAGUUUUCACCCCGUCCCCGGAGCAGGCGAGUGAAGAGGUACUGUCCGAUAUGCCUCCUCUGGAAAUUACUGACAGCUACACAACAUCGGACCCCGCUGAAGGAGACUGCCUCCAAGAGGAUUCUUGUAGUCUAAACAACUACUCCGAUGUGGACUCCGGGAGCUUGGGCGACUCCACACAAGGUGUGCCAAUCUCUCAAGCUGAAGCAACCCCGUUGAAGUUCAAGGACGGACACAAACGUGCCUCUUUAAUGGAAGGACUUCGGGAGGAUUUCCAUGGUUUGGAUACCUGCGCUUACAACACAAGUACAGUAAAGUCACUCCAUUGUGUUAGUCCAGAAGAACAUGUGAGCAUCAUUCCUGAUGUCGCUCCCUCGAAUGCAUUUGUAGAACCGAUCGGUACGUACCUCACAGAUAUCCUAUGUGCAUGUAAUUGUGCUAUAAUGGCUAAACACAGGGAGCCUGCGUCUAGAUUGCAGGUCUAUGGCUGCACGCAUUAUGCAAGAUGUGAUGAUUUUACAUGCAUUUCACUUCCAUAA